GUGAAAAAACAUAACACAAAAUUGUAAGAAAUAGUUUAAUUUCAAAGCGGACCACGUACAUAUUUCUAAUAUUACAAUAUGUUUUUAAGUAGUAUUACAGUACUUUUGUGUGUCGUAUGUUUUAUUGGGAAAAAUGAUGCGUCAAUUUCAAUCGAGACCAAUUCAACGGCGGCUGUAAUUACGAGCGAGGAUGUUAACAAUGGAUGGCAUGAGAAAUUUUACAAGUACGACCAAGACAAGAAUGGUUCGAUCUGCGCAACGGAACUACAGAUAUUGUUAUUUAACGAGUCAAUCGGACUCGUCACCAUUAGCCAAGCAAGCAGAUAUAUAUCUUUGUUAGAUAGAGACGGUAACUUUGAAAUUGAAUUCGGCAAGCUCGAAAAAAUCGAACCGAUAGUGGAUAUCUUGUCAGAGAGAAAACCAUUGAAUGUAGAGGAUAAUGACUAUUCAUUCGACGGCAAAAAAACUAUUCCGGCAAUAGAUUUUCUGGAAUUACUGUAUAAAGAAUUUGAACUGAUCUAUUUUGACUCGCCAAACGAAGCUAAAGAAAUAACCGACCUUAUCGAUCGAGACGCGAAUGGACAAAUUGAAUAUAACGAAUACGAGGAAAUAGAAUUAAUGUUGGAAGCUUCGUUAAAGUUGGUCAGUUUAUGUGAGAUCUUUACUGUAUUGGACAUAAACAAUAAUGGCGUUAUUACCGCUGAUGUGAUUGCCGACUUUAUAGAAUUAGUUUACUCAAUACAGGUCAAUUCCCAGGAAACCACAAAAGCGAUAAAUAACUUUGAUGAAAACGGCAACAAAGUGAUUGAAUUUUCUGAGUUUUUAAAAAAUACUGGUAAUCUUAGUAAAGAUGAAUUUUCCAUACUUCAAGAAUUGGCUAAGAAGCUUGUUGCAUAACUUCCAGAUGAAGAUUAUUACUAAAGUAUAAUGUUUUAUUUAGACACUUGUAUACAUUUUUUUUUAUUGUUGCGUUCAAUCAUUUUUUUUAUGUUUAAU